UUGAUGCCUCAUGCAAAGCGUGCAGCAUAGCAUGUCAGAAGAACAACCCCGGCGCCGGUCGCGCGGCACACAGCCCCAGUCAUAUCGUUUCGAGGACGAAUACUCAUUCCUGGACGAAGACGGCUCUGGACCCUCAGGUACACAAACACCCAAUUUCCAGGAAGAUCCACAGGACGACGGUGAUGAUUUCAUGCCCGACGUUCAAGAAGAAGAGCAGGAGGAAGAGGUAGACGAUGACGUUGACGAAGGAGAAGAUGAUGACGACGAAGAGGACGAGGAGGACUCCGAUGAAGAGUUUAACCCGCCAAGAAAGCACUCCGCUCGCGACAUUAGCGUUAUGGAAGUCGAUUCCAUCCAGGAGCCAUCUACUCCCAAUAGCAAGGGCAGGAAGAAAUUUACAGAUGACGUGAGAUCACCGAUUGCCUUCUCCAAGGGUGGCGGUGUCAAAGUGCCUACUGUGGACAACGAUAGACUGCGCACUCGAGGCAUUGCGGACUUUAGCAAGAUCGGUGGACAGGAAAUACGGCUGAAACAUCUAUUCGGGCCAGGGAGCGAAGCUCUCAAACCAGUUCUAGCAACGCGUGACUACUGGUAUAAACAAGAAACCCUGCCUCUUCGACAGUCUGGCGGCUUAAAGAGAAGCUUCUUCGAGAGCCAGGACGCAAGAGAAAGGGAAAACAGGGUGACAAGGAAGUGGUUCGCUGAUACUGGAAAGGCUGCAUUUGCGAUAGGGCAGAAGAGCAGAAAAUUGAACGCAGAGGAGGGACAGUCGUAUCUGGCAAGUGCCAGACCCAACUCUUUGAAUAUACUCUCUGGUAUCGUCGAUGAGCCUCACUUGACUUCCCUAAAGAAGGGCUCAUUUGUCAGCGUUGCAGAACCAUUCAAAGAGAGCAAGGACAGACCAGGGUGGUUGUUCAAUCUUGGGGCACGGAUACAAGAAGCACAAUGGGCAGCGAACGAGGAAAGUAGCACGCAAUAUCUUGCCGUCGCUGUCGAGCAAGAGCCGACUGGUCGUCAGUCGAAGCCAAUGGAAAAUCCGAAAGCGCCAGCCUUCACAGCAACACAUUCCUACCCCGCAUCAAUUCAGAUCUGGAGUUUCGAGGCCACCAAGGAUGGAGAGCUCGAUAUUGCAAAGGAGCCACGACUAGAAUCGGUAAUUUGCACAGACUGGGGCGCACCGAAACACUUCAGAUGGUGUCCCAUACAAGCAACAGAUGGAUCUGGGCUCUCGUUUAACGAUACAACUGUGCACGUCGGCCUACUUGCGGCAAUCUGGUCAGACGCUCGAGUUCGUAUCCUAAAUGUCUGCAUCCCGAAGUCCGAUGUCAACACCACGAAACCUCUCUAUCUCCACUACUCACGCGCAGCAUUCGAUAUAUCUUUGCCAAUGACGAUACCAACAUGUCUCCAUUGGUUGUCAGGAACUUCACUGGCUGUUGGCACCGCUGCAGGCACAGUAGCAAUCUGGACAUUGACUCAGCCCGGCACCUUUGCGUCCGUGGAGACUAAUAGAUCCAGCCCGAAACCUUGGUUUUACCAGCACCUUGCUGAUACCUACAUUCUCACCAUUUCCUCUGGUUGGCCCUCUCAACCACAAUUUCUCUCGAUAAGCAUCGCCGACGGCUUUGCACGACUCUUCGAUCUUCGCAGCCCAAACGCAGAUUACACUGCUUCAAUACGCGGGCGGACGCUUUGCGUGACCCAAGCAUGGCACGAGCAAACACAGUCUUUUGCUAUGCCGGAUGAGCACUAUAUUCUCAAGCACAACCCAGUUCGUCGGUAUUACCACAACCUGUACAGUAUGCGAUCUGAGAGCAGUAUCACCCGAAUUGCAACUAGUCCGGUGCAUCCAGGUGUGCUUGUAGGCGGGGUAGAUGGGGCGGUAGAGGUCAGUAAUCCAGUUGGGAGAAUCACGAACUACAAAGUUAUUCCGUGGCAGCAAAAAUGGUUUGUUCAUGAGUGGAGAAGACCGGUGGAGCAGCUGGUGCUUCCGACUGCUACGCCUGAAGAAGACGAUGCAAUGGUGCAAGAUGCGCCUGUUGAGGAGCUCUCUAGCUCUGCAACACAUGAUGAGAAUGGCAUGGUUCCUUCUGGAUUUACGUCGCCAAACGUCUCACAAUCGGUACUUUCCCAGCCCUUAGUCCGUAUCACAGAAGGAUACAAAGCGACUCAACCAGGUAUCCAGCACUCCAUCAUGUCGAAGAAACCAACAAACCCGGAGAUCGGCAAAGGUAUCACUGUGUUCGAGGAGCCGUCUGCCAUUACAGCGCUGGCAUGGAAUCCAAACUUGAAAUUCGGAACAUGGGCAGUCGCGGGUAUGGGGUCUGGCCUGCUACGUGUGGAGGAUGUUGGUGUCUGAGUAAACCAUACUGAACAUACACUGUCGCUAGGGUGAGAAGUGUACGAAUGAUGGUGUGAACUGGACAGAAAAGAAAUGAAUCACUUCGUGCUAUCGUCUCGGCGCUACUGGCUCGUGCUUAGUGAAGGUUUUCAGGCGUUCGUGGUGGGGUCUAUUUCUGGCAAAGCUUUUUUUUAAUGUUCAGCAAAAGAAAUGUGGAUAACAUUGGCGCACUCCACGUAGAGAUUAGACGUGCUUCACGAAUCACGCGUGCAAAGCCAAUGUGGCGUUUGAGCUCAGGUACGUUGAUCUAGAGAUAUUAUAGUUUCGUCCGCCUGCAGCAAAGGCGGUUAAGCGUGAUUAUCUGUUUAGACAAUCUUCGACGAUCAUGAAGAUCAAUAAGGGACUAUGAACAUUCUGGAGAUAGUGCGCUUGCGCGUUCGGACUCGGGUCUUAUAAGGCCCAGAGCCACUAGCU